AGGCGCAGAUCUCCGCGUCUUUCACGUUGAAGAGCUGCUGGGUGGGCUUGAACCUCUGAUCUGUGGUUAACAGAUUUAUAUGCCUCAGGAUCUAACAUUCCCCUUUGCAGGGGAUAAGCAGCCAGGAAUGUGCCUUGAAAGGAGGACAACCAGGACCUUGAAAAGGACCUGGGCCUGGAUCAGGCUGGCAUGGGAUGGGGCCAGUGGCAUCUUGCACACCUUCUGUUCAUGGGCGCUAUGCCAGGGAAUGGCAAAUGGAGAGGGCCUUCCAGACAGCUCUGUGGUUGUUGCAGCCUGAAGUGGUCUUUAUUCUGGGGGAUAUCUUCGAUGAAGGAAAGUGGAGCUCCUCCCAGGCCUGGGCCAAUGACGUCAAGCGGUUUCAGAGAAUGUUCAGACACCCCCAGGAUGUGCAGCUGAAGGUGGUCGCUGGAAACCAUGAUAUUGGCUUCCACUAUCAGAUGGACAGAUACAAAAUACAGCGCUUUGAGGAUGUUUUCGCCCCUGAAAGGCUGUUUUCUUGGAAAGGAAUUAAUUUCGUGAUGGUGAACAGCGUCGCUCUGGAGGGGGAUGGCUGCAGUAUUUGCUCCGAAGCAGAAGCUGAACUCAUUGAAAUUUCCAACACACUGAAUUGCUCCCGAGAGCUGGUGCCCCCAUCCAGCCAGUGUGCAGCCAGGCAGCCACUCCCAGCCUCUGCCCCAGUGCUUCUGCAGCAUUACCCACUUUACCGCAGAAGUGAUGCGAACUGUGUCGGGGAAGAUGCUGCUUCUCCAAAGGACAAGAACAUCCCAUUCAAAGAGAAGUACGAUGUACUCUCCCAGGAGGCUUCACGCAAGUUACUGUGGUGGCUGCAGCCCCGCCUGGUGCUGAGUGGCCACACGCACAGUGGCUGUGAAGUGACCCAUGCUGGGGGCGUGCUUGAGGUCAGCGUCCCCUCGCUCAGUUGGAGGAACAGAAACAAUCCCAGUUUCAUCAUGGGCAGCAUCUCGUCCUCAGAUUAUUCUCUCGCCAAGUGCUACCUGCCCCUGGAAGACACAGUCCUGCUCACCUACUGUGGAGCCUCGGCGCUCCUCCUGCUCCUCAUCCUGGCUCACUGCAAACUAAUAACCUUGCCUUGCCUUUCCGGCCGGAGCCUUCUGGGGAAGUACAAGGCAGUGUGAAAAGCAGGAGACUUCUGUUUUUCAUAAUAUCAAAGCCAAAGAAAGUGAACGUGGGGGCAGUUCUCCUGUUAGAAUCAAGUAGCGGUGCAUCCAAAUGUAGGCCAUCUGUGUGCACACCACAGGGAUUCUACACCACGGAUGUUCACCACUGUAGAAUAAAUAAAUUGAUUGAACUUUUCUCAUGCUAUAAAAAUGGAACACGUAAUCUACAACAAACCUGUUGUGGUGUUUUAUCAAAUAUAUGUAUAAUCAAAGACUAUUUGUAUAGUAUGUAAA